CCCCGGGGGAGGGAGAAGAGCGCUAGACUGCCAUAUUAGAAGCAGACCGUGACUUUAGACAUCAAAUGUCUUCUUUCCCGCAGGCUUUAUUCCCACGAUUUCGCGAUAUUAUGUUCCGCCGAGUUGUAUCUUCGUGCCGAUGAUAAGCGUGCGGCCCGCAGGCGUUCUGUGCCCGGCGUGUCGGUCUGUGCGUCCCGCGCGUCCGUCGUACGUUCCACCUAAUUCCGGAGCCCCCCGCCGAAAAUGAGAUACCUUUCUUAAUUUAACUAACCGCGUGUGGGUUAAUUGCGCUGCCAGUGUGCCCGCGUAGCGCGACGAGAGGAAGAGGCGGCCAGAAGUGGGAAAAGGAGCAUGUUUUUUCGCCCGGAGCUUGCGAGGCUGGCGACGAUUUGACUCGGAGGAUGACAUAAAUCUGUGCUGUGCGUUAUUUCUGUAUAAAGGUGGAAGAGGGAAAACAAAGAGAGAGAGAGAGACAGAGAGAAAGAGACGGGGAGGAGAGAGGAAGAGAGAGAGAGAGAGAGAAAGGAAGAGAUGUGUCGGCGGAUAAAUUACUACAAUUUGCUUAAUAGCUAAUAGACUCAAAAUUACUGGUAUGCUUUUACGAUUCGCUCACCAUGUUCGUAUAUGCGACGAUACUGCCUCUCAUCUUCCUGGAAUUAUUAGGAACUAUAUCUGCGAAAGACAUUAAAGGCUCAGCCUUUUGCGAAUUUUACAAUGACACUAUGUGUGCGGAGAACGAACAGGAGUGUUCAGGAAGGGAAGAAUGUGUCCUGCACGAUACGGACAAACGCAAUCACUGUUAUGUGCUAUGGUCAAUCAACAGUACUACUAAAGAAACGAUAAUUAAAUUAAAGGGUUGCUUUUUAGAUAACAAUGACUGUUAUGGCAAGCCACUUUGUGUGGAGAAUAGCAUGGAGAGAAAAAGUGAACUCUUAUUUUGCUGUUGCGAAGGCAAUAUGUGUAACCAAAACUUUUCUUGGGUCCCACAACCAACCACUAAGCCUACAGAACCAUCUGUCAUUCACGAACUUGAGCCUGUGCCCAAUGCAAAGCAGCAAGCAAUAACACUCGCCCUAUUAAUAGCAAUGCCUAUGCUUCUUACGAUAAGCUCCGUUUCUUUUUGGUGGCUCUACCGUCGCCGAAAAGUGGGCUAUUUUAACGAGGUACCGACGCUGGAACCUGUGCCAUUACCACAACCCUCACCUAAUCUAGGCUUACGACCGAUACAACUUCUUGAGAUUAAAGCUCGAGGUCGUUUCGGAGCAGUUUGGAAGGCCCAAUUAAAAAAUGAAGUCGUGGCAGUUAAAGUUUUUCCCAUUCAAGACAAGCAAUCCUGGCAGACUGAACAAGAGAUCUUUAAGCUUGCACAUAUGGAUCACGAGGACAUAUUGCACUUUAUAGGUGUUGAAAAGCGUGGGGAUAAUUUACAAGCUGAAUUUUGGUUAAUUACAGCGUAUCAUGAAAAGGGUUCACUAUGCGAUUACCUAAAAGCAAAUAUUGUGACAUGGUCUGAAAUGUGUAGAAUUGCAGAGUCCAUGGCAAGAGGUUUAAUGCAUCUACAUGAAGAAAUUCCGGCUAACAAGGCAGACGGUUAUAAACCAGCUGUAGCUCAUAGAGAUUUUAAGUCAAAAAAUGUUUUAUUGAAGGCUGACAUGAGUGCCUGUAUAGCAGAUUUCGGCUUGGCACUUAUUUUUCAUCCGGGAAAACCUUGCGGCGAUACACACGGACAGGUUGGAACGCGACGAUACAUGGCACCAGAAGUUUUAGAAGGAGCAAUAAAUUUUACUAGAGAUUCAUUUUUACGAAUUGACAUGUAUGCCUGUGGGUUAGUUCUAUGGGAAUUAGCUUCAAGAUGUACUGUACAAAGUGGACCAAUAGGAGAAUAUCGACUACCUUUUGAGGACCAAGUCGGUCUCCAUCCUACUCUAGAAGACAUGCAAGAGAGCGUUGUCCAUAAAAAAGAGAGGCCGACAAUUUUAGACACUUGGCGCAAACAUUCAGGACUAUCAUCAAUUUGUGAUACAAUGGAAGAAUGUUGGGAUCACGAUGCCGAAGCACGCCUCUCUGCCUCGUGCGUAGUGGAACGAGUUGCUACCCUUGGUAGAGCUCUUGUAUUAAAUUCAUCUACUUUGAUUCGUGUUGAUAAUACCAACGAGAUUAUUACUACCAAGGAAUCUAACGAGACUGCGCCGUUCUGCUCGAGAACAGGGAAGGAAUAUUACGCUCAAGAACAGGAGAGGAAUACGGAGGGUUUAUUUUCAUCCGUACAUGUUUUAUCAACGUUCUUCAGACCAGUAGAUUCUUAUUUGACAAACGAUUUGUAUCUCUAAAUGUUCGAGGAAUAGUUACUGACACUUAAAACGCGCACAAUGUAGAUGCAUACGUAAUAUGUGCCACACUGACAUUCCUCAUUGAUUGUUGGAACCAUGCAGUAACUAUCCCAAUCGCAAAGUAUGCCAAAUAAAAUUCAGCGAAGCAUUUUUCCUGUAAAGCCACAUCACGUAUAUCAUUAUAAAAUGGAUGAUGUAAUCUUAUUACUGGGACUUGAACGUUGGCGUUACUUAUGCCCGAGACGGAGGUUCGUAACAAGUACAAUAGAUUGCUUUAAACGUAUAAUUGAUUUUUCGGAAUUUAAUGCCGUACCAAUUGGUGGUGGCGCUUAAUCGGAAUGUAAAUGACGUGCAGCCGACCUUACUUGUUACUUCUCAGGCAUAAAUAACGGUAAGGUCUCGGGCCCUGUUUAUUACAAAGUACCUGGUAGAUACAAUCGAAUUAAUAGAUUGAAAUUUAUUAAGAUUUUUUGCACGGGAGAGAAGAGAUGUGAGCAUCUUAAUUAAUUUAAAUUUUAUAAAGUGCUAUAUUAUUAAGUGUACUAUUUACUUUACGACGUACAUCGCUAAUCGUAAAUUUUACGUGGCUCUAAUAUCUUUCUCACCUUACUUAUAUUCUGACUAAUAUAUAUUUCAUUUUAUCAAAGCGAUCAGCUUAAUGUUAUAAUUAAUAUAAAUAUAGACUGUCGAAUGCGUUUUAUUUACGAGUAGAGAUAAUUAAUACAUAUGUAAUGCGACAUAACUAAGACAAUGUAGAAUGUAAAUUAUUCAUAUUUACUAGCGGCACGUAUGCCGCAAUUUAUCGAAAGGAGCAAUGAAAUAAGUGUUUUUAUUCUAGAACUCAAAACAACAAUUUCAAUAUAUAAAUCUACUAAAAGACACUAAAACACUAUUGUAGUCUUGUUUUACUGCUCUUAUAUGAAUGCGUUUAUUAUAUAUUGAUAAAAAAAAUAUAAGUAAUCUCUCAGUAAA